AUGUCGCGAAAACGACGGCAGCGGGCGGCCGCUCUCAGCGGUACCCCCUUCCCCGUCUCCCUCGCCUCUGCGGCCUCAUCAGCGUCGUCUGAGCAGCUGCCGAACGGCACAACUCGCAGUCGCACAAAAUGCAGAGAGAAUGGCGACGGGUGUUGUGUGUCAGCGCGGCACAGCCCGCAUCCAGAACCUCCGUCCCUCUCCCGCUCAGAGGCUGUCCGUGGGGUGCAUUCACGCGUGAGCAGCAGCAGCAACGGCGCCAUUCAUCGCGAAGAGCCGUCGGUGGUGGGUAUGGAGGACUUUCCUUCCCCUGUGCCGUACCUCCGUCGCGUCGCCAGCUCUGAUGGGUACCUUAAUGGCAGUAAGCACGGCAAGUCCUUCCCUGUAAGCAAACGUCCGCCGACUGGCAGCGCAAGCGUCGGCAUUACGGCCAUGCAGAAUGCCACUUACUGCGGCAACUGGUCUCAGGUGGUCCUCGGGGCCACCUCUGCCAUCAUGUUCCUCCUUGUCCUCUGCGUCAGUUACGCCCUUUACAUUCUCGUCACCCCGUAUGGCCAGAGCAUCAUGAACGGCGUGCUACUCUCCAUCGUCAUGCACCCGCAGAGCCGCCUGCGGUCGUCACUCUACAUGGGCACCGCUGUCGAUCGUAUGACGCACAUGCAGCAGCGCUGGGCGGUGCAGGGGCGGUUGAUGGGCCUUGUCGGCUCGUGGCUAUCCCUGUGCCACUUUGCGUCCUUUGUGGUGAUGCAGGGGACCUUCUUCUUGGGCCUCAACAAGAUCCACGUGCACGCACAGUCGGUACUCCUGGAAGAGGCCUCCGCAGCUGGAUGUGGUGCCGGAGUGGGCGCCAAGGGCGCCAGCACCCGCACCAUGCCGCGUUGCCCGUACGCCUCCCAAAGCGUAACCAGCCCAGCGACGCAGUCAGUUGCGUCGACCACGCGACAAGGGGGCGCUGGCGGCCUGUCGCGCCCCGCGGGGACGCCUAUAUCCUCGACGGCCGCCUCGAAAACACCUCCUUCGACGGGCGUGCCGCCAGCUCAGCUUCACCGACCCCUCGUGUCCACCCCGCGCGGGCGCCGUGUCCUGCGCUGGCUCACCAUCUCCAUCAUCGUCAUUGUUGCCCACUUGCUGGUUGGUGUCACCUACUUUGUGCUCCUGCACGCUGCUUUGGGUGUUGUGUUUGCCGUCAUGUUGCCCUUCCUGCCUGCCCACACCUUCGUCAGCUCCAUGGGGCGUCUGUGGCGGGUUGCAGUCCUCCUGUUCUUCGUGGCGGGCCUCACUCUUAACUUGACGGCUGAUGUGCUGUCCAUCAGCGAGGCUGUGCGACUCACCACAUCUGCUGUCGUAGGUAGCGGUGGCGGUGACGGAUACGAUGCGGCCAUGGCAGCUCCGUCCACCUCUAACAUCAGUGAUAGAGUGUUAACAGCGCUGGGUGUGGAGAACUGCACCACGACUGCGCCGUUGGCGAAGGUGGCCGUCACGGGCGACGGCAUAGCAAGCGGAGAGGAUGCAACGAGCGAGGCGACCGCGGCGGCGACGUCGCACGCCGACGUGGACGCGCUGAGUGUGCUAGACGAGUACCGCAGCUGUAUUGAGGCCUUUCUCAUUGGCAAGAUCCAGGACCUUGUCGUGCAGGAGGUGGCGGACAUGUUCAGCGACGGCAACGUCUCGAAGAUGGUCGAGACGCUCAUGGAGGUGCUUCCGCCGCAGCUGCGCGCGGUGGUGACGCGCGAUGACACGGUGCUCGCUGGACUUGAGAAGUCGGCUAGCAAGGGCGACACUUCGUCAUUGAGCGGAGGAGAGGGCGGCACUCACGAAAAGGCUGCUGCGCAGCCGCUCUCGUGGCGCGCGGUGCUGGCGAAUGCGCGCGGCCUGCGCCCCGCAAGCGCCAUCAAGUCGCUCGUCUACGACUCCCUCUCGGGCACGUCUGCGAGGACUCUCAACAGCGCGAGUGACACGAGUGUCCGCGGCGCGACAGCGGCGGGCCACAAGGUAGAGAUCAACUGGCUCACUGUCUCCCGCUUGAUUGCAUCUCGCCUGCUGCCCUACGUUGAGCACGCGCUGCGUCUGUUUUUCCGAGUCGGCUCCAAUCUGCUCGGCCUCUUCGACAGCAUCUACGCCGUCAUUCUCUUUGUUUUCUGCUACCGCUACCUCACCCAGCUGGAGCACACAGUGCUCUACUACGGCGUGGCGAAGUUGCUGCGCGUGAUGCAGCCGGAGCUGGGCGACCACCACGCCCGCACUAUUGAGCAGGACAUCACAGUCUCCUUCAUCACGCUUCUACAGUCGUUCUGGCACCUGACGUGGUUUCACUUCUGCAUUACGUUCUGCACCUUCAAACUUUGGGGAUUCCCGACGCCGUUCCUGUUGGGGCUCGUCUCCGUCGUUCUGGCGCUCUUUCCGCUGGUACCGAAGUGGUUGAGCCCGUGCUCCAUCGCGCUGGUGUACAUGCUGGUGCAGCUCGCAUCGCUCGUCACCUCUGAAGGGACGAGUUGCAGUGGCAACCGCGGGCCAGUGGAGGCGCACGCGGCUGCUGCGACCGACGUCCCUCUCCUCUCCUUCCCGCCUGGUCGAUCGUGGAUCGAGGUUCUCGUGUGGGGCAAGCCGUACGCUCUUCACUACAUCCGCGCCCUCAGUUUUGGCCUGGCCGUCCUGCUGGAGUGCGGCGACGAAUGGCUUCUCUGCGUCUCGCGAGGGCUGCGCGGUGGCUUCUUCACGGAGGCCGACGGGAAGGGCCGCGAGCAGCUGCAGCCCUUUGUGAUUGGGACAGCGCUGGUGCUGGGCUUUGUUGCCUACGGCAUCCGCGGCAUCGUCUUCGGCCCUCUGACGGUCAUCGUCGCGCGCGUACUCUUCGAUAACUGGGACAUUGUGCUGGCGAACCGCGAGCCCGGCCGUCUGACCUUACCGCCGUCGUCGUUUGUCGGUGUGGAAGGGAACGACGAGGAGGAAACCUCGAUGGUGGAAUCGCCGUAG